CUGCCAUCUAGCGAUUUAAUAGAGUUAUCGUUCUUGGCGAAAAAACUGUAAGCCAAUCAGAUGGCGCGUAACAUACUUCCCAAUAUUUACAAAAAUGGAGUUCAACGAGGAAAAGAAAAAGGCUAUAGAAGAAAGAUUCAACGUGCCGUUUCUCACCGAAAAUCAAGUCAGCGGAAUAAAAGCAAUUUGUGAUGGGAAAGAUGUUUUUGUAGGACUAAAAACAGGAAGCGGAAAGUCCAUGAUUUACGAGAGUUUACCUCUCGUUUGCCCGGAUGCCACUAUCAUAGUUGUAACAGCACUUGUUUCUAUUAUGAAAGAACAGACUGAAAGACUGUCCAAAUUAGGUUUCACCUCAACUUAUAUAGGGCGAGAUCCCAGCGAAGAAGACGCCAUAAAUGAAGGAUAUUUUCAGUUUAUCUUCGGAAGCCCAGAGGCGUUCGUUGGCGAAAGAAAAUGGAGAGAUGCAGUGUCCAAUUUAAGAGAUAAAAUUAAAGUCAUCGUAGUAGAUGAGGCCCACACCGUUGUUCAGUGGGGUGAGGGAGACAAAGAACAUGAGGCCUUCAGGGAACACUUCAGUCACAUUGGGGAACUCCGAGCCAUUUGUCCUGCCCCUAGUGUCCCAAUAGUAGCGUUAACUGCAACCUCAGGUCCGUUACAGCGUCGGAAGAUUAUGAAGAGUUUAUGCUUUAGAGCUUCUGAGACCGUGAUCAUAUCGGAGUCACCAGACAGAAAAAAUAUAAAAAUAUCUUCAAUGUGUAUUCCUAACAACAGUGAAAUUGAAGAGGUCUUUGGCUGGUUGUUUAAUGAGUUUGAAAACAAGAAAGAAACACUUCCAAGACAUAUCAUUUUUGCAGAAUCUAUAACUGAUGUCUCAAAAAUAUAUUCCAUUUUUAGGAAGCGAAUAGGGAAAAGUGAACUAUAUGAGAUGUUCCACAGCAAAACUGUAGACAGCAAAAAAGAAGAAAUUCGAUCUGAUAUGACUAAAGAAGGCAAAAUAAGGGUUUUAAUUUGUACAAACUCUGCAGGGAUGGGGGUUAAUUUUCAUGGGGUACAUAACAUCAUUCAUUAUGGCCUCCCACGGGAGAUGGACACUUUGGUUCAGCAGAUGGGUAGGGCUGGAAGGGAUGGGAUAUCCUCCCAUGAACUCAUUAUUUAUAAGUGUCACAAGGGACAAUUAAAACGGGUGGAAGAGGAACUAGUACAACUGGUAAAAGACUCAAAAUGUAGGCGUGAGAUCCUAUGUUCUUCUUAUGGUAGUAAACUUGAAAAAGUUAUUCCAGUCCAUACAUGUUGCGAUAUUUGUGAGAAACUGUGUAAAUGUGAACUUGAUGUGUGUCCUAACACUCACCCUGCACUCCUGUUCAAGUUUGAAAAAGAUAUAACUGAAAUGAGCCGGGAUGUUAAUUCAUCAGACAGAAUAUUAUUAAGACAAAAAUUAAAUGCAUUAAAAUUUAAACUGUCCAAUUUUUCAACUAUUGUUAAAACAGAUAUAAUACAUGGCUUAUCAGAUGAUGUUAUUAAUUACAUAGUUCAGCAUGUAGAAAACAUUUUUACACCUGAAGACAUUUUACAAAACUGUCCUAUUUGGUCAUAUGAUAUUGCAGACCAAAUUUCAAAUAUCAUUAAUGAACUUUUUGGAGAUGAUGUUAUGUAUAAUGUCAUGGAUUCUGAUGAAGAGGAUGAAGGUUAACUUUAGAAUAUUUCAGAAUCAAUUGAACAUUUUUUUGUUAUUAUGCAUUAAAGAUUAUGCAUUAAAGAAGGAAAUUACUGUAAAUGUAUUAUAUUUAGCGUGUACAAUAUUUGGCGGGAAUUGGUUUUGGAACAAGUUGGGGCUGAUUAGAAUUAGCGCAUUUCUUAAUGUUCUUAUUAAUGUAUAUAUGUUUAAGACUUUUAGUGUUGUACUUGAAUUAGCGGAAGUUUCUUUCCGCCAAAAACACUAAAUAGAAUACACCGCCAAAUGUAAUACAUUUACAGUAUGUAACUUAUGAUGAAUUAACAUCCCGGCUGUUAUGGUAAUAAAAGAAUUUCAGUGUUUUUUUUUGUCUAAUGGUCAAAAAUGGAUGAGUUUUUCUGUUUCACAAAUUUCAUGUACAAACAUUUCUAAGAGAAAACCUUUAUGAAAAUGAAUAUGAAACAAAAAUGUUGUGUAUGUGAUAUUUGUUCCCAAAUUUAAUCAUUUGUUGCUAUUUUUCCAAGAUGGAAAUAAUGUUCAAGGAUUUAAUGACCAAAAAAAUAACUGAAUUGA